GAUGCAACUGUGUAUAAACAUGUCAUAUGUGACUGUAGCGACAACAGCAAACUGCCUUUACGAAACUUUGAGUGUCUAUCAUCGGAUCGAUCAGUUUACUGUAAUUGCGAUCUCAACAUGCAGGUUUCAUUGUUGUCAACAGUAAUGUGGUGUUUUACUCUGUCGACAUCGGCAUUAUUUCUAACUCAAGGCAAGAACGUGAAAAUAUUUCGGGCAGAACGCGACAGAUUUACAAACGUUGCUCGUUGUAACGAGACGAGUGCUGUGUGUUUCGACGAAAACUGCAAUUAUUGUCAAUGCAUGAUGAAUCAGACAUAUAUACAGAUGAGGGGACAAUAUGGGGAGUGCGUGUCAAACGAACAUGUAGCCUAUGCAACAGCAUAUAAAUCUUCAUUUCUCAUCGUAAGCAAUCUUCAUAGCAAAUGUAUUUACCAACGUCCAUACAAAUAUUACACGUUUGUCCGAAAUGAUAUUUGUAAUAACAAUAAUUCAAAUUAUCGUUGGAUCUGGACCAGCCAUGGGCAAUUGUUAAACUGGGCUACCUUAGAAUGUGCGACAGAUGAUUUUUACAGUAAGGAAAAAAAUUAUCACCUUAUAAUGAAGAGAUGUGACCGAGGUAAUCAGAAGCAACUAUGGAAGUGUGUGGGUGAAAAAAAAUACGACAUGCAGUCAAUGACAGGCCGAUACAUCUACUAUGGAUAUUUUACUUUGAUGGGGAAAAAUCAGACUCAAAAGACCGAAUUGAAGCGCUUCGGUUCUCAAAAUGAUGUAUGUUCACAAGGUGUUACAAGAUGUGACACGUUUGUAGACGGUUCAUCACUCGUCAUCCUUAACAAAACAAAAUGCGAGGAGAAAGAGUCAGAAUGCAUCGGAACGAAGACAGUUAGUUUGGAGGAAAUGAAAUGCUUUUUCUUGCCAAACAGAACUCAAUAUUUACACAAUGAAACAUGGCAAUCGUUGGAAAUAAAGAACAGUAGUUUACGAAUAACUUCAACUGAGGAUAAAGUACACCUAAAGUGGAAUUUGAAGAAAACUCCACAAUAUUUAGAAGGAUUGAUGGUCAAAGUAACAUUUACUUGUGAAAAUACUUCAACAAAUGCAGGGACAAUUGAACAUUGCAUCGUGAUAAAAUACACGGGAACAUUCACCGGUUUCUAUGAUGAAGUCGAAGAUAAUGGUGACAACAGUAAUGAGGGUAAUGAAAAUAGUGACAAGUCUGAUCCAGAUAAUGACAAGGAAUACAACGCAACGACAGAAGACAAAACCAAUGGUCAAACUAUAAUUAUAAUUGUCUGCGUUUUGGUAGUCCUGAUCCUCGCUGGUAUCAUCAUGUUCGUCGUCUACAGAUACAGACACAGGUGCGUUCGUCCAGCGAGAGAAAAAACAGAAGGCAAUGCCGCAGAACCCACACCUACAGAAGAGGACGCAGAUGCUCUGAACCCGCUAUAUCCAGCAAACAACAACCAGAUGGCUCAAAGAGAAUGUGAUUUAUACGAGCCAACCCCUGACCAUCUUUAUCAAUAUGUCGACGUUGAAAACAAAACAGCUGAUCCGCCACUGCAAAAUUUAACAUAUGACUACGCCGUCGUCGAUGGUCCAAUCAACCAAAAUGUACCGCAAAAGACAGAACUUGAUGAAAUACAAAUGGAAGCUGUGACAGAGAGUAACGAUGAAAAACGUAUUGGCGAUGGCGAAGAAGAAAUGAAGGAAACGAAAGAUACAGUUCGAUCUACAAAACCUCCACCACAUAAGUAUCACGUUCUUGAAGGACCGUAAAUGUUUUUAGCUUUGAUUAUAUAGCUGACGUUCAUUUUACAAUAUACAGGGUAUUUUUUAAACACUCAAAAAAGCGUACACUACACCGAAUUCAUUCAUUGUUACAAUUUGAAUGGAUUCAGGGCAUCAUGAGUGACCCAUGCAGAGUGCCUCUUAAAAGGCUGACCGUAAAAAUGUUCGUAAUGGGUUCAACUUGGUGCUAUUCCUUAAUUCAAAGUGAUUUCAUUAGAGAAACACUCUGCAUGGAGCUCAUGAUGGAAUGCUAAGGCCAGUCCAACGCCAACAACAGAUAAAUUCGGUAUAGUGUUCGCUUCUUUGACAAACUCUGCGUUUUUAAACAUUUGUGGACGCUAGGAAUAUUUUGAUAACAUAUAAUUAACAUUUUCUUCAAUCACACAAUACAUGAUUAUUUCACUUCACAAAGCUAAUCGUCAGGGCCAACGUUAGAAGAUUAAAUGCAUGGAGAGGGGGGUUGAUAUAUCGUCUUUCUUGAACACGAAUAUACAAACAAUGUACAUCGUCAUGGACAAGGUGGACAAGGUUGCAUAAAAUUAUCAUGAUAUCAUCAAGCUGCAUUUUCUAUGCAUGCAUGUGAGUAUUCUUGAGGAUAACCUUGUAUGGCUUGGGCAAAUGAUUGGCGCUCAACAUUGCACUUGAACUUCAUUCCAAAAAACGAUAGCUUUUAUUCCAAUUAAAAAACGUUUCGCGUUUUAUAUAUAGGAUGCAAACACAGUUAU